UUCCUCGCAUUUUCCCCGCUUCGAAUUGGAGAAACUGAGCAAAAUCCUAGGCCGAAGCCGCUUCACGCACCCGCUCUCGCCACCAUGGUGAAGAUCAAAAAGAAUUCCAAGCGGCAGAAGCUGUCGCAGAAAUACAACAUCGAGAAGAAGGUGCGCGAGCAUCGGCGGAAGAUGCGAAAAACCGCCAAGCAAACUGGUGGUCCCGUUCGAAAAAAGCACCGUCGAGACCCUGGCAUCCCGAAUUCUUGUCCCUUCAAGCAGGACAUUCUGCGGACGAUUCAGGCCCGGAAGCAACUGAAGGAGGCUGCGUUGGCGGCGGAGCGAGAGCGACGGCAGGCACAAGCUCGAGAACAUGCUGCUGACAACAGAGCCAGCGAAACGCUCGACGCCGGCCGCGACGGUGACAUGGACGCGCCAGAGUUGCUCCCGGUGAAUCCCCUCGCCCGGCUGCUGAACCAUGCAGAGGAGAACCAGGCUCGCUUUCUAGCGACUCAAGUGGAGAACGACGAAGCCGCUGGCGCGUCGCCCUUCGCCUACGAGCUGACGACCCAGCAGCAGGUUUAUCUGCACCAGCAACAGCGGCAGCAACAGCAGCUGCUGCGACGUGUGUUGCAGGAGGCAGACGUCAUCAUCGAAGUUCUCGACGCGCGGAUGCCCGCCGCCUUCCGCUGUCUGGCCCUCGAGCGCUGGGUCCUCGGCGAGGGAAAAAAGUUGAUUCUCGUCAUGAACAAGGUCGACCUGGUUCCCAAGGAAGCAGCCGUCGCGUGGCUCAAGACGCUGCAGAGAGGCGUCGCACCCGCGCUCGCCUUCAAGGGGGCCGGAAGCAAGAGCGCGGGCGGAAGAAAACGAGGAGUGAAGCGCGGCGGCAAACGCAAGCUCCAGAACUGGACAGACGUCGAGCCUCUGGAGGCUAGCGAAAGUUUUCGAAAGUGUUCCUCCUACGCCCUGGGAGCGCCUGCGCUGCUCCGCCUUCUCAACGCGCUGGCGCACACUGCGACUCGCGCUGAAGCGGCCACUGACCUCGAGCCCAGCGCUGAGUCUUCUGCGUCUGCGAGCCCGUCCAACGUGACAGCGAAAGCAAACCUGCUUGUCGGCGUGGUCGGAUACCCAAACGUCGGCAAGUCGUCUUUGGUGAAUGCGCUCACGCACUCCUGCUCGGCCGCCGCGGUCGCGGCGAUGCCGGGAAGCACCAAGACCCUUCAGUACGUCCGGAUCGACAAACACAUCCAGUUGAUCGACUCACCCGGAGUCCUUUUCUCCCCGUCGAAAAACGCCCAGGACGACGCCGUGCUCCUGCCCCCGCCCUCGGCCCGCGCGUCCGCGUGUCAAGACAUCCCGCGCGCCGAGGCGGCUGCAGAGAGCUGCUCGGCCUUCAUUCUCCGGAGUCUGCUGCCUGUCCACCGCCUUGAAAAUCCCCAGGAAGUCGCCACCGGUGUCGCGGCGUGGUGCUGCUCUGAAACGCUCCAGCGGCUCUACCGCCUCGAGGGAUUCUCCUCUCCACAAGAAAUGCUCGCGCUUCUGGCGCAUCGCCGUGGCAAGCUGAAGAAGGGCGGUAUCCCCGACCUCGAUGCCGCAGCCAAAAUCUUUCUCCAAGACUGGCAAUCUGGAGUCAUCCCCUACUACACCAUGCCCCCCGAAGACUCCGAGCACACUACCACUUCAGAUAUGAAGAGCGAGAAGGUCGCCUUCUGGAAGUUACCUGAAGCGGCUGGCGGGACAGGGGAAAACCGAACCGUUUCGCCUGCUGAGGUGUAUGCAUCGGUGCUCGCAUCCCAGUGCCGAGCAAUUGAAAUAGGAGAAGACGAGGCCAUGGCAGAUUGUUCAAAUGGAAGAGAAACCGGCGUCGUCCGUGUCGGCGUCGACCUCAAGCAGCCACAGAAGGAGCGACAGAGACCUCAUAUGCUGCUGCGUUUCGCUCCAGUGCCGCGGUCCGCGACUUCCCCCGCGAGGACGGAACCGCCGGCAGCGAGCGCAGGGGCUGCGAGCGGCGAAGUGUCUAGACACGCGGGAGAAGGCCGGAAGGAGGCUGACGCCGCCGUCAGCAAGAAGGAGCGCAUGCCUCACGUGGUGGCCAUGGCGAAAAACAAGCAGGCUGCAAAGAAGAAGCGGAAACUCGCAAACAGACUUCAGCGUCUUGCAGGAGAAAUGCAGGGCGCACCCGCAGACGAAGAGGCGUCGAUGGAUGAGAUGUGAAGUGCACUCUCUCGGCUUCCCUGACGUCUGAACGCCAAGCAAGAGUCGAAGAGGCGUUAGAGGCCGAGAGACUCGAGACAUCAGUGGAAGCGCGGAAGCGAGAUAACACUGCAGCUGACAAGAUAGGCUCUGCAGGUCGCGGAAGGUGGAAGCUCGCGAGACCUUGUCGCUGCCCGAUUCCCUCAAGUGAAGACAGACGUACUUAGCUGGCACCGUUCGUUGUGAAGAAGAGACGAAGAGAAGAAGUUCAAGAGCUGAUUUAGUUCUCCAGUGAACUCAGUCACAACCCAUUUCUACAUGAGUUUUCAGGGCUUUCCCUCUGUGUGGCUGCCUCCUAUGUUAGAGACGCCUUUCAAGUGUUGCACAAGGUUCAUCGGAAAACCAGGAACCACCGCCGAGUCUUUGUCCUUUGUUUCUGCUUUUCUUUCCGCUUGAGCCAUGCUCUGUUUUCAUUUCGCUGCGUUCCGCCUUGCUUUCUUCUCUCCUUGUACUGUGAAAAGACACCGCUUCACGCGUUCCUUACUACUUUGCGGUCUCCUGGCUGCCUCGCUCAAAUCUGGCUCGAUGUGAACGCGCAGAGAAAAGACUAAAUUCACCGGCA